UAAAGAAUAAGAAAGGAAAAAAAUUAAGGGUGACCCACGAAAUUUUUUAAUCGGGUGGGGCCCACUUUCUCUAAACCAAGGUACUGAAUUCUUAGACUGAUUUAUUUUUUUUUGGCCGGAAUUCUUAACUCAAUACCCAAAAGCAAAGUAAAAAAAUUAAGUACCUAAACGGUGAAAAAAGGAAGAUUUGUGUACCUAAAUUUGUGCUUAACUCAGAUUAUCAAUAUAAAUCAAACGACUACAGAAAUCAAUAAGCUAAUGUUACUCAAAUAAACUAAUUUUGCCCCGAUAAACUAUUUCCCCAACACAAUCGAUAUGUUUCCCGCUUAAUUUCCAAAACCCCCCAAAAAAUACGACAAUUCCAGAAAAUGUACUUGCCGGAGUUAACAGCCGACGAUGAAAUUUACAGAGACAUGGUGACAUUCCUCACCACCAACCACUCCGACCAACUUCGCUCUCUUAUUCUCUCUCCUGAUUCUCGCCUUCAUUACCCUCUUUUCAUCGAUUUUGCAGAGCUUAUGAACGAUCAUCUACAAGUUGCUCAGCUCAUCUUCGCCAAACCCACCGAUUAUUUGCCCAAAUUUAAUUAUGCCGCUGUUUCUGCUCAAAGGUUGAUUGCGAAGGAUUCUGAAGGUGGUUCAACUUCCACUAUUAAAGAAAAUGUUCAUGUUCGUGUAAAUAUACUGGGCUCUCCCCUUGAAUCACCUGAGACUUUUCCAAGCAUAGGGAAGGUGAGGGUGCGGCAUAGUAACAUACUGCUGACCCUCAAAGGGACUGUCAUACGAUCAGGUGGAAUCAAGACGAUUGAAGGGGAAAGGAGAUAUGAAUGUAGAAAAUGCAAGAAUGUUUUCCCGGUUUAUCCUGAAUUAGAAACCGGAAACAUUAUAAGGCCGCCAUUGGCUUGCCUCUCAGACAAGUCCCAGGAAUGUGAAGGCAACAAGUUUGUGCUUGUAGAAAACAGCACUAAAUUCCAUGAUUACCAAGAAAUCAAGAUCCAAGAAAGCGCCCAGCUGUUGGGUGUUGGAUCCAUCCCACGUUCCAUUCGUGUAAUCUUGCAAAAUGACCUUGUUGACAUUGUUAAGGCUGGAGAUGAUGUGAUUAUAACUGGUGUUUUGACUGCAAAAUGGUCUUCAGAUUUGAAAGACGUUAGAUGUGAUCUUGAGCCUAUUCUGGUUGCCAAUCAUGUGAGACAAACCAAUAAGCUAAAAUCUGAGAUUGACAUCCCUGAUGACAUUGUUGAUAAAUUCAAGAUAUUCUGGAAAAAAUUCAGCGGUACCCCUUUGAAAGGGAGAAAUGCAAUUCUUAAGGCUAUCUGUCCCCAGAUUUUUGGUCUGUUCACUGUGAAGUUGGCAGUUGCAUUAACCCUUAUUGGCGGUGUGCAGCAUGUUGAUGCUUCUGGGACAAAGGUUAGAGGAGAAUCCCAUUUGCUUCUUGUGGGUGAUCCUGGUACUGGAAAAUCCCAAUUCUUGAAAUUUGCUGCUAAAUUGAGCAACAGAGCUGUUAUUACUACUGGACUAGGAAGCACAAGUGCUGGUUUGACUGUCACUGCCGUGAAAGAUUCUGGUGAAUGGAUGCUAGAAGCCGGGGCACUUGUAUUAGCUGAUGGAGGGCUUUGCUGCAUUGAUGAAUUUGACAGCAUGAGGGAACAUGACAGAGCCACCAUACAUGAAGCCAUGGAACAACAAACAAUAAGUAUUGCAAAAGCUGGUCUUGUGACAACUCUUAGUACCAGAACCAUUGUUUUUGGGGCGACAAAUCCAAAGGGACAGUAUGAUCCCAGCCAACCUUUAUCUGUCAAUACUACACUUUCUGGUCCCUUACUGAGCAGAUUUGAUAUAGUUUUGGUUCUAUUGGACACCAAAAACCCCGAAUGGGAUAAAGUCGUUUCAUCCCAUAUUCUUGCUGAGGAGGAACCAGGCAGAGUAAAAGAUGCCGAAGAUUUAACAAAUUAUUGGUCACUUUCUAUGUUAAGGAGGUAUAUUAGUUAUGUUAAAGGGAAAUUUAGGCCAAUACUUACUAAGGAAGCAGAGAGAGUAAUUUCUGGUUACUACCAACUGCAAAGGAGAUCAGGGACAGAAAAUGCAGCGAGGAUCACUGUGCGAAUGUUAGAAAGUCUGAUUCGACUAGCACAGGCUCAUGCAAGGCUAAUGUUCAAGAACGAGGUGACUCAGUUGGAUGCCAUUGCUGCUAUCUUAUGUAUAGAAUCGUCCAUGACUACUUCAGCAAUAGUUGAUAGUGUUGGGAAUGCUUUACAUUCAAAUUUCACAGAAAACCCAGAUAUUGAAUAUGCCAACCAGGAAAAGUUUAUCCUUGAAAAACUGAAAUUGGUAGAUUAGUUUCCUGCAGUGAGGAGCUUAAAUGGAUGAAUAUUCUUAUCACACAUUCGCAUGUAUCAAGCAGGUUUAUUUGCUGCUGUCUUGACUGUGAUUACGUUGCUAUCUAUUUACUCAACUUGUCUAUAUAGCACAUUUUUUAAAAAAAUGUAUGCGCAAGCAUGUAAUUUCAAUCGUUCAGGUGACAUUUGUGCACCAGAAAACGCAGUUUUUAAGAGGGGGGCUGCAGAUUCAUGUUUCAGAGCUUGAACUGCUAAUAUUCUGAAAGCUAUUUCUUCAUUUAAUUACAAUUGUAAUAUUUUAUCCUAAUAUAAGGUAUAAGAUGGAAGAAUUGAGCUAUAAGUAAAUACUUCGUAGGGUUUAAGCCUAGUUAAUUCACGAAUGCAAAUUUAGUAGGGGGAGAAAAGACAACUCUCCUCAUUACAAUCGCUGCACUAAUAAAAUUUGAAAUUCUACAUCAGGAUUGCUUCAUCUUUGUCAAACCUCCACCAUUCAAGAAACUAUGAUCCAACUCUGACUAGACUCAAAAAGAAUGUGGCUGGUAUUUCCAGCAAAUGUAACCGUCCGUAUCCUGUGAAAUGGGGCAUUAUACAUGGGG